GACUGGCUGGGAGAUCUCUCUCCCACUCCUCUUUCCCUCUCUGUCAUUCCAUACUACAGUAACAAAACCCAUGUAAGGAAAUUCAUUGUUUUCAUGAACUUCCGACUGCUUCCCAUAAAAAUUCCGAAAGACUUGAAGCUCUCUCCAAUUCCACUUUCUCCUUCCCAAAUUCCAAAUCACCUUUCCCUCUUCUCACACCCUAUUUCACACCUCAUUGAUUUAUGAAAAUCUUUUUCCAAUCUCACUGCUCUUAACAUCGCUACCUCACUCCCUUACUAAAACAAAAGUCCCAAAUAAAAGAAGAGGAAGAAGAAGAAGAAAAGAAAAAUUCGCAACCUUUUUCUUAAAUUUACUUCCAAAAUCUCUCCAUUUAAUAAUAUAUUUAAAAAAAAAAAAAAAAACAUAUCCCAAAUUCACCCCACCAGUCCUUCUCUACUCUUCCACUACUUCCCAUCAGAAAACCCAACAGAAUUCCAGUAUCUUUUCCCAGUCUUUCGCGAAUUAUCUUCCUCCACUUCAAUUCCCUACCAUCUCUAUCAUUUGAAACCAAAAACCCCAAACACCCAGAAUCCAAUUCCAUUCCCUCACUCAAAAACACACCUCAAAGAAAGAAAGAGAGACAGAGAAAGUAGGAAAGAAGGGAAAACCUCCAACCAUGGCAUCAUUCCUCCACACACUAUCUCCCCUCCCAAACCCAAGUUCAGACGCCCCAAGAAAGACUCCCUUCUUCUCUUCCCACAUCCCAAACCUCCGCACCCUCUCUCUUACCAAAGGCUUCUCCAAAAUCCUAGCCACCACCCAAAUCACAAUCCCCCCAAAGGACACCCUCUUCACCCUCCCCAACUGGCGAAACAACAAGAACGAUCCCCGCACCAAAGAACUCCGCCUCAACGACGCCUUCCUCUACUUGGAAUAUAUGAUCGGCAAGGGCCAAAGACCCAACGUCGUCCAAUGCACCCAGCUCUUAUACGACCUUUGCAAAUUCAACAAGAUCCGCAAAGCAAUCCGGGUCAUGGAGAUGUUAGUCGGAUCCGGCGCUACCCCAGAUGCUGCCUCCUAUGCUUAUCUUGUUAAUCAGCUCUGCAAGAGAGGGAACGUCGGAUAUGCAAUGCAGCUAGUCGAUAAAAUGGAUGAGUAUGGCUGCCCACCCACGACAGUCACAUACAAUUCCCUUGUUAGAGGGCUGUGUAUGCAUGGGAACUUGCAGCAGAGCCUGCAGCUUCUUGAUCGAUUGAUGCGGAAGGGACUGACUCCGAAUGUGUUCACAUAUUCGUUCUUGCUUGAAGCAGCGUAUAAGGAGAGAGGCGUCGAUGAAGCGAUGAGGCUAUUGGAUGAGAUCAUCGUAAAGGGCGGGCGGCCCAAUUUGGUUAGCUACAAUGUUCUACUUACUGGGUUAUGCAAGGAAGGGAGGUUGGAGGAGGCGGUUGCUUACUUUAGGAAUCUGCCAUCGAAGGGCUUUAGUCCAAAUGUCGUGAGUUACAACAUCUUAUUAAGGAGUUUGUGUUACGAAGGACAGUGGGCUGAUGCAGAGGAGCUAUUGGCUGAGAUGGCUGAAAAAGAUUGCGAACCAACGGUGAUUACACAUAAUAUCUUGAUCGGGUCGCUUGCUUUGCAUGGGAGGAUGAGCCAAGCACUUGAGGUCUUGGAUGAUAUGGCGAGGAACCGGUUUAAGCCCAAUGCAGCCAGCUAUAACCCAAUCAUUGCACGGUUUUGCAAGGAAGGGAAGGUGGAUCUUGUUGUGAAGUGUCUGGAUAUGAUGAUUUACAGACAUUGUACUCCGAACGAAGGGACAUAUAAUGCCAUUGCUGUACUUUGCAGGGAAGGAAAGGUGCAAGAAGCAUUCACAAUAUUUCAGAACUUGGGGAAUAAGCAGAACUCGUCGAUGCAUGAAUUCUAUAAGAAUGUGGUUUCGGGCCUGUGUAGGAAAGGGAACACAUUGGCGGCAUUUCAGCUUUUGAAUGAGAUGACGAGGAAUGGGUUUACUCCAGAUUCAUACACAAUUUCCUCAUUGAUCCGAGGGCUGUGUAUGGAGGGGAUGUUGGAUGAGGCGUUGGAGAUUUUUACAGUGAUGGAGGAGAAUGACUAUAGGCCGGAUCUCGACAAUUACAAUGCUCUUAUACUUGGGUUGUGCAAGGCUCAGCGGACAGAUCUCUCAUUAGAUGUCUUUGAGAUGAUGCUUGAGAAGGGGUAUAUGCCUAAUGAAACGACGUAUACCAUUUUAGUGGAAGGGAUUGCGCAUGAGGAGGAGAUGGAAUUGGCAGGAGAGGUUCUGAGGGAGCUAUAUUCGAGACAUGUUGUGACUCGUAAUACCAUGGAAAGAUUGAUUAUGCAAUAUGACUUAGAUUAGCUUGUUAGAGUGGAUCAGGAUUUGGAAUUGGAAUUUGACUUCCCAUGAAUUCGAACAGAAGUAUUGAAGAUCAUAGAUUGUUCUUCUGUGGAUAGCCAUUUGAUUACAGAGAGAUAGACUUCGGCAAUUGAGAUUGAAGAGAAAUCCAGUCUUGGAUAUUGAGAGUGAUGACCGGAAGAUGAGAAUGGAGCAUGUUCUUGGAAGCUUUUGAUCAACCUAACCGUUUGAGUGUUAGAUAGAGAACAGGUUCGGCGAUGAAUGUCAUUUAGACCUGUAAGCAUAUACUUUCCUCAUUACAUGUGUAUUGUACAAUUCAAACAAUGCUUUCCCAUUCCGAUUGACCAGAUUUUAAUUGAUAUGCAUUGUGUUUA